AUGACUGCGGUGGCAUCUCCACCUAGCGUGCAAUCGGGGCCUCGUCUAGGAUGGUAUUCUACUGGUAACGGAGGACAGGCGGCUCUUGGCUCAAUGAACACAGAAGACGUGUCCCGCAUGUUUAUGCCGCGGAAGAGUGUACAAAGAUCCAAUUCGUCCUCUUCGCUAUCGUCGAACGCUUCAACUUCAUCUACAUCUACAGUUUCUCACCUUAGUAAUGGUACAUCCUCCAACGGCGAUACCUCAGCUCCGUGGUCAAAAAAGAAAGCUGGCCGUGGCUUGUGGCCCGCCUCAAAAUCUGAGCCUGUUUCUGGCGUGACGAAUGCGAGGUCCCAGCCUGUUUCAUCAGCUAGCUCGGCAAACGGUGGUCCUACGGCCUCGUCGGCGAUGUCUGCUAUUCACCAACCUUCGCCCGUUCCUUCGCAACACAUGAUUCAGUCUCCUCAGCAGAAUGGGGUUGCUACUCCCAACGGCAUGCAAGGCCAGUCAGAACCACCUGCUAUUCUCACACUUGUUCCUCUUAACGGUACCUUCGAAAAGAAGCAUAUCAACGUGCCAUAUUCGCCAGAUGUGUUGCGCAUCGGUCGGCAGACUAAUGCAAAGACUGUUCCCACUCCUACCAACGGCUAUUUCGACUCCAAGGUUCUAUCACGGCAGCACGCCGAAAUUUGGGCGGACCGUAAAGGAAAGAUUUGGAUCCGCGACGUGAAAUCGUCAAACGGCACAUUCGUUAACGGCCAGCGCCUAUCACUUGAAAGUCGGGAAUCAGAACCACACGAGUUGCGAGAAAAUGAUGCGCUUGAUCUGGGCAUCGACAUUGUGAGUGAGGACCAGAAAUCCAUUGUCCAUCACAAAGUCUCGGCCAAAGUUGAACAUGCCGGGGUAUAUAACGCGGGGCCCAACAUUUUUGAUUUGAAUUUUGGUGACAUUGAUCCUACCUCUGGUGGCGGUCUUUUACCUUCGCCAUUGAGUCAACCGGUCGUACAUCUACGUGGCCGAGCAAGCAGCUCGCUUAGCAACCGCAGUGUUCAAAGUGCAGCAAGUAGUCAAAUCAGCGCUCUGCAUCAACAAAGGCAAAUGAAUUAUUGGCUUUCCCCCAUCACAAUUGAACAUGUCGUCAAGAGGCUUACGGCUGAGAUCAAACAAGCCAAGCAACAAUCGCAAGACCUUCGCCAAACAGACGAGUUUUUGCAAACACUUAUUUCAUCAAACAACAACUCCGAGGCGGAUAAAAUAUACCACAAACCUGAAAAUAGUUUCAGACAAAUGAAUGGAAGAUCUAAGAUGUCUCGUAUUGAUCCUAUUUCUAGGUUUUCAGAACCUCCUGCACCGCCUCCACAGCAACCACUGCCUGAAAAACCGGAUGUCGCUCGCCGGACUGAGCAACCUACAGGGUCACUGAAACAUUCAGAUACUGAGAAACCACCGAAAGAUACGGCGACAAGCUCUCCCAUUUCGAAAGAAUCCAGUCAAAUUCUUUCCUUGAUCGAAGCUCUAUCACUCACCAAAAAGGAGCUGGAAGCCCAGAAUGGUCGUGUAAAGGAGCUGGAAGAGCUUCUCCGACAAGAACGCUCCGCUCGGGAGAGUGCGGAGGAAAAGUCACGAAAACAAGAACACCACGGUAUUCCAGGAGAAAACGACAUUACCAAUGCACAGACAGCCUUGGAGCAGGCUGGUGAGCGUAUUGCCGAGCCGGUUAUUUCAGAAGUUGAAACAUCUACAAAGUCACGCGACCUCCAAGAGAUGGAGGUCGCUGCAGACGUGCCAGAGUCGUUGGAUGUUGAAGAGCCACUCGUCGAUGCGCAGACCCAAAAGUUACAGCAACAGCUGGAUGAUAUGGUCUUAGAAUUGACGGAAAUGAAACAGCAAGUGAAGAGCUUCAAGCAACGUGCGGAGAAAGCAGAAGGUGAAACGGCCGAAGUGCGCAAGUCUCUUGCUGAAAUGAUCGAAACUAUUCGACAAGAACGCGAGGCCGCCCAGGCCAAAGAAGCGUCGCAUGAAGAAGAAGAAGAAGCCGACAGGGCUGACACACAUGGUAUUGUCAAAUCUGACAAGGAGGAAGUGCCUGCAAACCGCGAACUCCGUGCUGGAAUGGAUCCUCGUAAAGUCAAGGAACUGGAAAAUGCGGUGGGCUCAUUGGCACAACAGCGAAAACACGACAUGCUACAAAGUUCGACCCCGUAUGCGUCAAUGGUCGGCGUGGUUCUUCUUGGCAUUGGGUUGAUGGCAUAUCUUAAUGGGUGGCAAAAGAUUGAAAGAUGA